CCAUUCACAUUCAGUCCCAUUUUCGAAAAUUAAAAAUAAAAAAAUUGAAAUAAAAAUUCAAAAAAAAUAAUAAAUCGCUAUAUCUUUUUUCCGCCGAUUAUGGUGAAAUCGUUGUCGCCGGAGCUCCGCCGUGAGUCGCCGUCGCCUCCGCCGCCGCUUUCGCUGUCGCCGGAGACGUCGUCGUGUAAGUACAAAGGCGUGCGGAAGCGCAAGUGGGGGAAAUACGUCUGCGAAAUCCGGCUGCCUAACAGCCGCGAGCGAAUCUGGCUCGGCUCGUACGACACCGCCGAGAAGGCGGCGCGUGCGUUCGACGCGGCGCUGUUCUGCCUCCGCGGCAGCAAAGCCAAGUUCAACUUCCCCGAAAAUCCGCCGGACAUAGCCGGCGCGAGAUCGAUGAAGCCGGCGGAGAUCCAAGCCGCCGCCGCCAGAUUCGCGAACGCCGAGCCGCUCCCACGCGCCGCCGAGCCGGCGCCGGCUGCGUUCGAAUAUUCCGAUUCGCAAUCGGAUACCCUUUCAUCCUUUUCCUGCCCGUCGGUCACCCAUCAGGACUAUGAAAUUACCACAGUACCCCCCGAGAGUGACUCUCUGAACCAGCUGCUUUUUUCUACGGCUGCAGAGAACAACCUCUCUGAGUGCGGGGCAUUUUCGGAAUUUUACGAUUUCCCGGGCGAUUUUUUUAUGCCCGCUUUGCCCGACGUUACUUAUUGGUCUGAUACUACUGAUGACGUGUUCAGUACUGAGGCUUCGCCAUCUCUAUGGAACUUUGAGGCCUGAUUCUUUAGGAGGACCCGGAGCUCGAGAUCCCGAUAAAUAUGCACAGUAGAUGGAUUAAUGAACGGUAUAGAUGAUCGAGACCCGGGACCUCGAACUUCCCUGCGGACAAACUUUCAAUCCUUCUCAGGGUCAGAAAUUUUGGAAAAUUAUUUAAAACUGAAAUUACUGACCCAAAUUUUUUUAUUUUUUGAUUAAUUAAUUAUUUUGAUGGAACCAUUUUUUGUAUCCAUCAUCUUCUUUUAUCUUCUUAUUUUUUUAUUUUUUUUUAAAAUGAUGUUUCAUUAUUUAUUAUUAUUAUUUUAUUUGUUGUCCCUCACAUGUAUGUAUUCUGAGGGACCAAAUUUUGCUGUAAUAAUAUUUGUAGAAAUGAGUUGAAAUAAAUUGUACGUGGGGUUUGAAUUUUGA